AGCAUCCUGGUUACAUGGACCAAGGGAUUCAAAUGCAGCAGCGUGGAAGGGAAAGAUGUGGUGUCCAUGCUACGCAAGUCCAUCAAGAAAAGAGGGGACUUUGACAUUGACAUCGUGGCCGUGGUGAAUGACACCGUUGGGACCAUGAUGACCUGUGGCUACGAUGAUCAUAACUGUGAAGUUGGCCUCAUUGUGGGUACCGGUACCAACGCCUGUUACAUGGAGGAGAUGAGACACAUUGACCUGGUGGAAGGGGAUGAAGGUCGGAUGUGCAUCAACAUGGAGUGGGGAGCCUUCGGUGACGACGGCGUGCUCAACGACAUCCGGACGGAGUUUGACCGCGAGAUAGACAUGGGCUCGCUCAACCCUGGCAAACAAUUGUUUGAGAAGAUGAUCAGUGGGAUGUACAUGGGAGAGCUGGUCAGACUCAUCCUGGUGAAGAUGGCCAAGGAAGGGCUCUUGUUUGGAGGAAGGCUCACACCAGAUCUGCUCACUACUGGCCACUUUGAGACCAGAUACGUCUCUGCUAUUGAGAAGGAGAAGGAAGGGCUGCAAAAAGCCCAUGAGAUCCUCACCAAGCUGGGCGUGGAACCAUCUCAUGAAGAUUGUGUGGCCACCCAUCGCAUCUGCCAGAUUGUCUCCACCCGCUCAGCCAACCUGUGUGGGGCCACUCUGGCAGCCGUCCUGCGGCGCAUCAAGGAGAACAAGGGGGUGGACCGGCUGCGGUCCACAGUGGCCGUGGAUGGCUCCGUCUACAAGAAGCAUCCUCACUUUGCCCGACGCCUCCAUAAGACGGUGAGGAAGCUGCUGCCAGACUGUGAGAUCCGUUUCGUGAGGUCAGAAGAUGGAAGUGGCAAAGGAGCAGCCAUGGUGACAGCGGUGGCUUACAGACUGGCUGCCCAGCACAAAGCACGGCAGAAGAUUUUGGAGGCCCUCAAAUUAAGCCAUGAACAACUCCUGGAGGUGAAGCAAAGGAUGAGGAUAGAGAUGGAGAACGGGCUGGGCAAGGAGACGCACGCAGAGGCGACGGUGAAGAUGCUGCCCACCUACGUGUGCUCAACUCCAGAUGGGACAGAAAAAGGAGAUUUCCUUGCCCUGGACCUUGGAGGGACCAAUUUCCGGGUGCUGCUGGUGCGCGUGAGGAACGGGAUGAGGCGCGGCGUUGAGAUGCACAACAAGAUCUACUCCAUCCCGGUGGAGAUCAUGCAGGGGACAGGAGAGGAGCUCUUUGACCACAUUGUCCACUGCAUCUCUGACUUCCUGGAAUACAUGGGAAUGAAGGGUGUGUCGCUCCCGCUGGGAUUCACAUUCUCCUUCCCUUGCCAGCAGAACAACCUGGAUGAGGGAAUUCUCCUGAAGUGGACAAAAGGUUUCAAGGCAACUGGCUGUGAAGGAGAAGAUGUGGUGAGCCUGCUGAAGGAGGCGAUUCACAGGAGAGAGGAAUUCGACCUGGACGUGGUCGCGGUGGUCAAUGACACAGUUGGCACCAUGAUGACCUGUGGGUACGAAGAUCCAUAUUGUGAAGUUGGGCUGAUAGUUGGCACAGGCAGCAACGCCUGUUACAUGGAGGAGAUGAGGAACGUGGAGCUGGUGGAAGGGGAGGAGGGCAGGAUGUGUGUCAACAUGGAGUGGGGGGCGUUUGGUGACAACGGCUGCUUGGAUGACGUACGGACAGAGUUUGACCUGGCAGUGGAUGAGCUGUCUCUCAACCCUGGGAAGCAAAGGUUUGAGAAGAUGAUCAGUGGGAUGUACCUGGGGGAGAUCGUCCGAAACAUCCUGAUGGAUUUCACCAAGCGGGGGCUGCUCUUCCGGGGACGGAUCUCAGAGAGGCUGAAGACCAGAGGGAUCUUUGAGACCAAGUUCUUGUCCCAGAUCGAAAGCGACUGCCUGGCCCUGCUCCAGGUCCGCUCCAUCCUCCAGCAUCUGGGUUUGGAGAGCACAUGCGACGACAGCAUCAUCGUGAAGGAGGUGUGCACAGUGGUGGCCCGGCGGGCAGCUCAGCUCUGUGGAGCUGGCAUGGCAGCUGUGGUGGACAAGAUCCGGGAGAACCGCGGGCUGGACUUCCUCAAGGUCACAGUUGGCGUGGAUGGGACCCUCUACAAGCUCCACCCUCACUUCUCCACCGUCAUGCACGAAACAGUGAAGCUCUUGUCUCCAAAGUGUGAAGUGACCUUCCUGCAGUCGGAAGACGGUAGCGGCAAAGGCGCGGCGCUCAUCACGGCGGUCGCUUGCCGGAUCCGGGAGGCCGGCCAACGAUAG